AUGCGUAAAUCACGACAAAGAUCGGUGGCCAUACAAAGUACCGAUUUCACAGACGUCGAAUCAGAAAACAAUCCAAUAACGAGUAUAUUAUGUAAAAAAACCGGAUUCAGAGAUCUCCUACAAAAGUCUGUCACGAUCGUAUCCGAGGAAAAUGAAAGCAAAAAUGUAACCGUGAUUGGGAAAAAAAUGGCGAGAGGAGUACAAGCGACAUUGGGUAAAAAUCCUGCAGUACAAAAUCAAUCAAUUCAUGAUAAAAGUAAUUUAUUGUUUCCUGAAUCUGUGGGUUCGGAGACUGUAAGAGUGGUGAACAGGGGUAGCGGGUUACCUGGAACAUCAAAAAUUACAUCAACAACCAUCAGUUCUUAUUCAAUGUAUUCUCAGAUCAAUGAUAUUUAUCGGCAACCUCAAGAGGAAUCGAUAGCUGUUGUUAAUAUAUAUGACGAAAAAGGUUUACCAUCAUCAUCAAAUUUAUUUCAUUAUGGACCACAGGGACCGCGACGAUUUUCUGACGAAACCGUACUAUUAAUAGAAGAUUAUCAAUCAUACGAUUACACAAAUACUGCUGGAAGACAAAGUCAUGCAAGCAGCACAGGAACACAAAAACAAUUUACAUGUUGUGGUAUAAGAAAAAAAAGAAAUUCGCAUUAUUCAUUUCGACCUACUCCAUUACAAGAAAAAAAUGCUGAUGAAAAUGAAGUAAUCGUUUGUAGAAUUUGCCACGAUGAUGAAAGUUUAGAACCGCUAAUACAACCAUGUUUGUGUAAGGGUUCCAUCGGAUGCGUUCAUGCAAAAUGUUUAAAAAUAUGGUUAGAGCAAUCAAACACGAGUCGUUGUGAGCUCUGUGGUUAUCCUUAUGCCAUCAAACAAACAAAAAAAUACACCAAAUGGGUUUCUUUGAAAGUUUUUUUUAAAUCAGUUGCCGACAGAAGGACUUUGAUAUACGAUGCUAUUUCUUUCAUAGUAAUAACUCCUUUAACUCUGGUAGGUGUCAUAAUGUGUCUGAGAGCUUCUUUUUUAACACCAACAGAAGAAUUUUUAAAUUCAAAUAUUCAAAUGGGAAACAUAACAAAAGUUGGAAUGAUUAUGUUAAGUGGAACGAUUUCAGUAGCUUACGGAGUUUGGCUAUACACAUUAAUAUCAUUUCAUUAUAAGACUUGGAAAAAAUGGUACAACAAUUGUUUCGACGUCGAAGUACUUCCAAUAAGAAUGACAUCGGAAGAAAGAUUAGAAGCAAGUCAAAGAUUGCAAGAAGAUAUUGGAAGAAGAUUACGUUCAAGAGAACUUGGUUCAGCCAUAACAUCACUUUAUCCUCCACAUAAUUACGGCCCACUAAGAUUAUCUUUAAUCGAAUCAGCUCGUUCAUAA